UAUCACCGUCGCAAUGGAAUUGGAAAUUAUGCACAACCUGCCUCUGAGACAACGUGGCCAGCCUCGCGGGCACAACCCCGUUCGUCUCUCAAAAUUUGUUGACCAACUGCUCCAUCUAGAGGCGAGUGAAGCCAUGGACGUUAGUCUGAGCGAUUUUGACGUUCCCGUGGAACCGAUAGCUUCCUCUGACUGUAUGGAUGUUGACCAACCUGGUGAAAUUGACAUCCUCGGCGUUCUUGCAUCAGCAGAGAAGAUGGAGGAGUGUAACCAAGUUUCUACUAACAAUCUUAUCACCGACACAGAAAUGGUCUACGAGUACCAACAUGAUUCCGGCGUAGAUUCUCCCCUAGAAAAUCUCCUUGCCCUGCUUCCUGUGUACCCAGAAGAGGACGCGCUCUUGGAGACCAUAGCGGCCAUGGACAUACCAGAUCCGCUGGAUAUUGUAAGUACCUAUUUGUGACUUCGCUGAAGCAUUAAGUUUAUAGUGUCAUUUUUAUAAAACUGAUACGGUAUUGUUGACAAUAUUCUUCUAACAUUUGUUUUCUUUGCCCACAGGACAUGAAUCCUUAAGGCUUCCUCUGCCUCCACCAGCGACCCACCAGCUUCCCGACGUCACGAGUAAGUCAAUCGUCUUCCUUGAGCAGUGCGAUCACCAGCAAGUCAAGUUCAUCACCGGGUUGACUAACGCGCGCCGCUUGUCCACACGUGAGGGGCUGGCGGAGGUGGACCGGUUGGUGGCGCUAUACUUCAACAGUUGACAGCUGUGAGCCGGAAUUGGUAAGGACUUCUUUUCAUGGCAAAAUUAGAUUCAAUUUUUAUAUGUAUAGUUUCUUUUAACUUCUAGAUCGUAGUUAACAUGUGUUUGUUCUUCUUACAGGUGAGGACAGUUUAAAGUUACUUCGAGGAGCAUCGGCCUUGCGAGAUUUUAGAAGGAGCAACAGCCAAAAAGCGACAAGGAAGUAGCGAUCCACACAGCAGGCUUGGAGGACGACGCCUCAGAUGCGGAGAAGGAAGCGGAGCAACUGCGCGCUAACAACGCAAAGCUGCGCAAAAAGUGUAAGUCUUAUGAACACCGUUUACUUUACUUUUGUUUUACAAUUAGGUAUGACAUUGAUAGAUUACGAUGAGAUUGAGUAUCAUAAAACGUGUGGUGUGUUUGUUUGUAGUGAGGAGGCUGCAGGCAUCCCUCAGGAGGCAGGAGUCGCCUCCCAGGAAGCUGGGGCGGGCGGCCACCUCAAAGCGUAAGUUUGACA